GCUCCACAUCCUCCCCGCGCCUCGCCCACACACCAUGUCCUCCGCCCAUCGCCCCACCUGGGACCCGGCCGCGGCGCGCGGCGACAACCGCCACGUGUCCAAGAACUUCAGUGCGCGCCAGAUGCCGGCGCACACCAAGCUCAAGUUCCGCGCGCCGGCGCAGGGCCUCGUCGUCGACCCCGUGGCGCGCGACAACGACGAGGGCGCGCGCCGCGAUCUGAAGCGCGAGCUCGACGAGGCGGAGCGCAAGAGCAGGAACAAGCGCAGAAAGGAACAGGGCCUCGAGCCGGAGGAGGAGCAGCCGCAGGAGCAGGAGAGGCAGGCGCCCGUCAGUGAGAGGCGCAGGCUCAUCGAGCAGGCCGUGGGCUUGGACCGGGACGCCGACGCCAGCGACGACGAGGCGCGCGGCGCCAAGGACAAGGGCAAGGGGCGUGACACAUCCGCUGCGCCGCAGGACGGCUCGGACGACUCGGACAGCGACAGCGACUCAUCGGACGACGAAGACGACACGGCGGCACUGCUGCGCGAGCUCGAGAAGAUCAAGCAGGAGCGUGCAGAGGAGAAGGCGCGGCAGGAGAAGGAGCGUGCAGAGACGCAGCAGAGCCAGCGCGAAGACGACAUUGCGCUCGGCAAUCCGUUGCUCAACCUCGAGAACGCCAUGAAGGGCAGCGCCGCGGCUCAGGCGGCUAGCGCAGGAGGAGGAGGCGGCAGCCUGGAGUUUGGCGUCAAGCGCAGAUGGGACGAGGAUGUCAUCUUCAAGAACCAGGCGCAGGGCAAUGAGCAGAGCGGCAAGAGGGGCUUCGUCAACGACCUCACGCGCUCCGACUUCCACCGCGCGCUGCUACGUCGCUUCAUUCGCUAAUGUCUUCAUGAGAUACGUCACCGCACGUGGUGUGUGUGCGCGAGGGGCCCGACGCGCCCCCUAGGAGGGAGG